AUGGAUUAUAUGCCAUUCAACGAGAUUUUCAGUAAGGAUAUCGUCGAAGAAAGCAGUGUUUUCGAUUCCAUGAACGACUGUCAAGGUUUGGAUUAUGGUGGUGAAAAUGCAACCGCAGUUAAUAAUGAAACAAUUGAAGAUCAAGCUAACUAUUCAAUGAGGAAUGAAGAUGGCUGCAACGAUAAAAAAGAAACAGUAAGUGAGCAUAACGACGGAGUUUUUGUAGAUUUUGUUGAUAUUGACGUUGCAUCGUUGAGCAAUGAAGCUGAAGAUUMUCRAUCKGAUGGCAUGGGGGAAACGAACGAUGGGUCGAAAUGUUGGUUCCCAAAUGUAGACGUAGAAUAUAAGCCGAAGGUGGGUGAUGGAUUUGAGACCGUAGAAUCGGCUGAGAAAAUGUACCGGAACAAGGAAGGAAGGCCACCAAGUAAGUAUUUUGAUUCCUUAGAUGUUCUUCCAUGUGAUCGUAGGAUCCGUAAUUCAAAUGUAAAGCGUUCCGGUUGUGGAGCAUGUUUCAAGAUUCAUUUUGUUAAAGAACGGAGACAGUAUGAAGUUUACAAAUUUAUUGAACAACACAAUCACAUGCUUUUUAAUAAGGAGGAGAUGAGGUUUUCACGUUCUAAAAGGCAAYUACACUACGCUGAUCACAAAACUGUAUUUCAUGGUUCUAGUUUGAAGGUUGGUGUCACCAAAUCUCAUAGAUUUAGGAAAGCAAUUACGGGUGGUGUAGAUUGCUCGGGUGGCACCGUAAGAGAUCAUCAAAACUUCAAACGCGAUAUGGCUUAUUUUGUUGGCAAUAAAGACGCGCAAAUGUUGUUAAAUGUGAUGUCUAAUAGGAGGAAGGAGUUGUUAGCGAUUUUCUGGGUGGAUGAAACUGCGAGAUCGAAUUAUAGGGAAUUUGGUGAUACAAUAUCAUUUGAUGCAACGUUUCGGACGAAUAAGCAUGCCAUGAUAUUUGUUCCGUUUGUUGCAAUUGAUAAUCAUAAGAAAUCUGUCGUUGUUGGAGCUGCUUUGAUUCACAAUGAAUCUGUGGUUGAUUACACUUGGGUAUUGAAAGAUUUUGUAAAAGCUCAUGGACGUCAACCACGUUUUGUGAUCACUGACCAAUGUGCGUCGAUGAAACAAGCAAUUCUCAUUGCAUUUCCUAAAUCCAAGCAUCGAUUGUGUAUGUGGCAUAUCACUAAAAAGCUCAAAUCUAAGAUCAGUAAUAACCUCCAACAUCGUACGCCGUUUGUUAGUGAAUUUAAUAAGUUAGUGUGGAAUGUUCACCUUGGCCCUGAUGAAUUUGAGAUGAAAUAG